AUGGCGGAGCGGGAGCGGGAGCGGGAGCGGGAGCGGGAGGGGGGGCGGUCGGGGGUCCUGGGGCGCGUCGGUUGGGCGCGGGAGGUGCUGGGGUCGGGGCCGGGGUCGGGGCCGGGGCGGGCGCUGGGCGCCGUGCGGCGUUGGGGGCUGCGCCCCCUGCUGGAGGCGCUGGGCCGCCCGCACCCUGCCGCGCCGGACCCGCCGCAGCCAUCCCUCACCCAGAAUCCGCUGCUGCUGCAGUUGCCACCCCUGUGCCAGGGAAACCUCCUGGCCCUGCUGCUGGCCACCCGCCCGGCGCUGCCCACGCCGGCGGUCCGGUCCCUGCUGCAGCUGGCCCGCCAUCCCUCUGCCUCUGGACCCUGGCUGAGGGCCCUGGAGGAGCUGCUGGGGAGGGAGCUGGGUGAGGCAGAGGAGGGGGGCUCCCUGCUGUCUGCCGAGUGCAGGGAGCAGCUGAGGGAUCUGUGCCGGAGGCUCCGGGGACCGGGCCGGGGGCUCGGGCCCAACGACGCCGAGGUCCCCGGUGAGGCGGCGGAAGACCCGGGAUCUCAGUCAUACGGAAGGGGCAGGAAGGGGUUGGAGAGGGAAGAGGACAGCCGGGAUGGAGAACCACCCCCCAAGAGGCCUCGGGUCCUGGAGGAGGAGGAGGAGAGUAAGGAGGAGGGUGGGAGUCCGGGGGAAGGGGCAUCAGCUGAGGCUGGGGAGGAGGAAUGCCCCUCAGGGACUGGAGAGAGCAAGGACUCCAUCAGCCUGGGAACAGUGGAUGAAGAGGCCUGCUUCAGGCAGGGCGAGACUCCGGAUUUGCCCCAGGACAUCAAGGCCCUGGUAGCCCAACUGUUGGAGGUAGAAUGGGAGGGACCACCGGGGAGCGGCCCCACCGACCUGCAGCUCCUCAGCCGGUGCUCCCCCCGCCAGUUGGAGGCUGUGUGUGAGCAGCUGCGGUUGUGCCAGCUCCCAGACACUGGCAUCUUCCAGCUCAGCAGCUGGCUCCUGGGCCUGGCACCCGACCUGAGUAGCGGCAGUGCCACUGUGCUGGCCCAGCACCUCUUCCUGGACAAGAUCCUGUCUCUGACGGCCCCGGCCUCACGAGUUCUCACGGCUGCCCUCUCCGCCUUCUUUACUAAGUACCCACACGCCAUCGGCCUGGGCCUUUUUCGCCCCUUGCUGCUGUCCCCUGCCACAGGCCCCCUGCAGACAGGGCUACUGUGCCAGCUGAUGGAGAAGACCCUAGAGCCGGAGCAGCUGAUCCUGAUGUUGAGCCUCACCCUGGACCUCCCCUGGACCGAAGCUACUUUUCCACUACUGCAGAGCCUGCUAGGGCAGCAGCUGGUGCUCCCCCCCGAGACCUUGGACCAACUGUUGGGGCAGCUUUGCUGCCAGGCUCCCGUCUUUGCCUCCUCCAUGGCCUUCUCCCGGCUAAUGCUGACCAUCCUGUCCCAGUAUCGGAGUCACAUCACAGAAACACAGAAACUCUCCCUCGCUGCCGGACUACAGCUUAAUACCACCUUUCUAAGGAAGACCCUGCUCACGGUCUUAGGGUGCCCACUGACUUCCAGCGAGGCUCCUCUCCCUGCCCCCUGAAGGGAGCCCCUAAUCUGCCCACCUUAGGAACCAUUUGACCAGGAGGGAACCUGUCGGAUCCAGUUGUCCUUGGCCCUUUGGUCAGAGCAGCUCAACUCCCGGCAGGAUUCGGGGAGCCCCCAGCAGGAUUGGCAAGGCCACUCAUUAAACUCAUAAUGAAGUUGGCAGGGAAGACCAGGAAGCCAGAACUGGUGCCUGUGGGAUCUGCAGCACUGCCCACUUGCCACCAGAGUUCUGCACCCACCUUAAGCCUGGCUCAGACCCCAGGGCCAGGGCACGGACACACACACGAGGACCGUCUCUCGUGGCUCCGUGGAUUGACAGCCCCAGCUCUUUGUGGAUGAAAAGUCAAAGCUGAGCAUGGACACUCCUACCUCCGUUUCCCUCCGAGCUGUCAGCGCUGGCUCCGGUGAGAUUUCUUCUCAGGAGUGGCAAGCAAGGCCCCCGGCGUGGGCAGAGUACGGCUCAAGCUAAUGGGGCUGGGACAUCUGACAAUUAUUUGGCAUGGGCAUCGUAUGCCCCAGAGUUGAGAGUCCUGAAAAUUUCGGUGAGCCGGUUUGCCAGGCCCCCGCUGCUCUCCAUCUCCUCCUCUCCCGCCGCUUGCCUUUCCCCAGGACGCUACGUCAGUGACCUGAGAACACCAAGCAGGAGGAAGCAGUGUGGGCAGAAGGAAGAAGGAGAGCAAGGGCAGGGCUGAAUUACAGCUGGGUCCUAAUCCUGCCAGGCAAAUGGUGCUAUCAACCAGCCCCUUGCUCAUGAUUGGUGGUUCCCUCAGAUCUGGGGAAAUAAAAGAAAAAGCCAAAGAGUAGAGAGUGAUCUGUGGGACUGGAGAAGAGGAAAAUGUCGAACAAGUCCCGAGAAGGACAAAGGGAAACAAGACAGGGUGAGCUGUCUAGGAAGAGAUAGGAGAGGUCCUAAAAUGUCGGGAGGAGGAACUAGUGACAAGCCUCCAGGAGCAAAUAGAUUAAAGGGUGAGGGUCACGGACGGUCAACACACUGGAAAAAAUGUGUGCUGCAGAACCAAGGGAUAACACUUGGACAGGUUCGUUAGUUAUCAAUUGGGGCGGGAAUAAAAAAAAAAUCUGAAUAUAAAACCUAGUGUCCACAGCUCAAGAUUGGCUUCUGCUGUACCGUAUUUGGGCAAGCCUCGUCUUACAUUGUUUGCUGUCUGCUGCUCAUCUCUUUGGGGGUUUUUGGUUUUAUUUGGAGAAGGAAGGCAUUAGUGUCAAAGGAAACCCAUACUAGUGGUGUGGUUCAGCCUCAAGAGUGAUGUGUUUUGAGUUUGCUCAGCUUUAAAAGAUGCUGCUCAUGUGGAAGAAACUAAAAUUGAGGAAUCGAUGGAUUGGACACCACAGCUCUAGAGUUGACCUAUCUCUGUUACCGAUUAAAAAUAACAUUUACUAUAAA